CACUGACCCCGAUUGGUCUCUGGCUGUGUCUCUCGUUCUUGAAUUGAUUUACAUGCUCUCGUCCUCCGAGUGAUUGUAAAAUCAACCAACUAUGGCGGAAAAGAUUGUUGCGCAGGAGACUGCGACAAAGUCGAGCAACAGCGACCAUGAUACCAUCGAGGCCGCAAUGGAUCCGCCGUCCAACUACACCUUGAAGUUGGACCUACGAUUGAUCCCGUUGCUGGGCUGCACAUAUACCAUUCUCUUCCUCGACCGCACGAACAUCGCCAAUGCCAGGAUCGAGGGUCUGGAAAAGGGACUGAACAUGCCUCCCCACGGCUACAACACCUGCAUCUGGAUCUUCUUCAUUCCUUUCGUUUUGAUCGAAAUCCCCAGUAACAUGAUCAUGGGUCUUCCACACGUCAAGCCCUGCAUCUUCCUCGGUAUUAACAUGCUUGUUCUGGGUAUCAUCUCGACUUGUCAGGGAUUGACUGCCUCGUAUGAGGGCCUCUUGGCUUUGCGAUUCUUGAUGGGCAUCUUCGAAGCGACUCUUCCAGCGGGCGCUGCGUUCUUGAUCAGCGAGUACUACACGCGCAAAGAGGCAUCACUUCGCUUUGCUUGCUUCUUCACAUUCGGCAUUCUCGGUCCUUGCAUCAGCGGUCUUCUCGCAUACGGUCUCCGCAACAUGAACGGCAUCGCUGGCAAGGAAGGCUGGCGGUGGAUCUUCAUCAUCGAGGGUCUACUGACCAUCUUCAUCUCGUUCUUCGUCUUCUUCUUCGUGCCUCAUUUCCCGGAGAAGUCCGACAUCCUGACUCCCGCCGAGAAAGCCCAUCUCCUGCAGAAAUUGAAGGCCGACAAGGGCGACCAAAAGCUCGACCUUCGCUCCGUGAACUGGUUCAAGGUGCUCUCCGACUACAAGAUCUGGUUUCCCGUACUGAUGUUCUUCUGCUGCGACAUGACCGCGGCCUCCAUGUCCGCCUUCAUCCCGACGAUCCUCACCGAGCUCGGCUGGAAAGCCGCCUACGCCCAAGUGAUGUCGAUCCCCAUCUGGCUAACCGGCAUCGUCUUCCAAGUAACCGCGUCCUGGAUCUCAGGCCGCACCAACAUCCGCUUCCCGUUCAUCCUCUUCGGCAUCGCCUUCGCGAUGGUCGGUUGGAUCAUUCAGGUCGUGUAUUCCGACCGGAAGGGCCUCGCGCCCGGGAUCCGCUACUUUUCGCUGUUCGCCAUGAGCGGUGGCACGUUCAUUCAGAUGGCCAUGUCGACUGCGUGGAUGACGAAUAACCUGCGGGGUAGGGCCAGUGCGGCGGUAGGAACGGCCAUGGUGCUGGGACUGGGCAAUUGUGCGAACUUCGUGGCGGCAAAUGUGUUCGUCAAGAAAGAGGCACCGUUCUAUCCCACGGGAUUCAGGACGGGGUUGGGUAUCACGAUUGCGGGAGCUGCUGUGUGCAUGACCUUUGUGGGCAUCCUGUGGAGACACAAUGUGAAGCUCGAAAAGAAGAGAAGAGAAGUUGGCGGAGGCGUUGAUGACCAGAAGGAGUACAGAUACCAGAUCUGAUGAGAGAAUUAAAGGGAGUGGGGUUAGAUGCGUUAAUGGAAUGGAAGAGGUGGGGUGAGCGGUCUUUAUAGUGGAAGUGGUGACGAUAGAUGGAUGGAUGAAAGAGGCAAGAGCGUUUCAUCCGCGGUUGCACUGCAUUACGACUUCACGAAUUGCAUCCAUAAUUGCUGUUCAUACCCUUCAUAAUUCCCAUCUUAUUAAAGAAUAUCCUGUUCUUUUUCCUGCAUUAAUCGGAUACUCGCGAUCUUUUGCACUGGUGCGCAGGUGCUACACCGACUCUCUCGAUAAGUAGCAAG